CAUGGACUAUAAUAAAUAACUUCAGUGUUCACACAGAUGGUGAAAGAAAAAAAAAAGAAAUGCAGCAAAUUCACAUCAGUCUUAUCCGAUCUGGUCCCGUGUCUUUUGGCCGGUCUGUGGCACUGUAGUCCUCUCUGGAGCCCUCAAACUAUAUUUCUCCCCUCUUGCACUACAAAGGCAACAAUAACAACAGCUGCACUCAUCGCACUGGACUUAAAACAGAAGUAUGGCGUUAAGAGAAGUUAAGAAAGACGUUUUCCACCUCUGCGAAGCUGUUGCACUUGUCUUCUCUCGGAGUGUGUGGUUGCUUUUUUUAUUUUAAGGCGCGGGUUGUUUUGCGCGUCAACAAUAAGAAGCAUGCUGUUGGAGCGACGGAGAGCGCAUUAAAAGAGCGCAUUUCACUCAAUGGAAUUCUUAUAUUUAGCUUCGUGAGGGACCAGCCAGACGAGCAGAGGAAAGAGGAAACCCUGAUCCUGGUGUUUAUCGUUCUUCGAGCCCCCAAAACUUGUCGUUCAUAUCACGGUGCACGGCUAUGUGGUGAUGAGGGCGCUGUGAGUGUGUGAGAAAGACGGGGGAAUAGCGCAAUUUUAUCUACAGCUCCGGGGAGGAAAGAUGAUGAUGGCCGGUGGUGGUGGUGGCGGAGCAGCCGUUGACCACAACGGGAUAUACACAAAUCCAAAUCUCCACAGCCUGCAGCAGACCCAUAUGGACGCCGAUAACCCAGACUCCCGCAAACGGCCGCUGGAAACUCCGGCUGAGGAGGCCGGCUGUACCAAACGCACCAACACUGGAGAGGAGGGUGAGUACUUCCUGAAGGUGCUGAUCCCCAGCUAUGCAGCCGGCUCUAUAAUUGGCAAGGGCGGCCAGACCAUCGUACAACUGCAGAAAGAGACGGGUGCCACCAUUAAGCUGUCCAAAUCCAAAGACUUCUACCCAGGAACAACAGAACGAGUCUGUCUGAUACAGGGUACGGUCGAAGCCCUCAAUGGUGUCCACAACUUCAUUGCGGAGAAAGUUCGCGAGAUGCCCCAGAGCGCCCAGAAACCAGAACCAGUCAGCAUACUGCAGCCACAGACCACAGUCAACCCUGACCGAGUCAAACAGGCUAAAUUGAUUGUGCCCAAUAGCACAGCUGGGCUGAUCAUUGGCAAGGGUGGAGCCACAGUGAAAGCGGUGAUGGAGCAGUCAGGGGCUUGGGUGCAGCUCUCACAGAAACCAGAAGGCAUCAACCUGCAGGAGCGAGUAGUAACCAUCAGCGGGGAGCCCGAACAGAACCGAAAGGCCGUGGAAAUCAUAGUGCAGAAAAUUCAGGAGGACCCUCAGAGCAGCAGCUGCCUCAACAUAAGUUACUCCAAUGUUUCAGGCCCAGUUGCCAAUUCCAACCCCACUGGCUCCCCCUAUGCUAAUACAGGCGAGGUGCUGCCCAAUGCAGCUGCAGCGGCUGCCACUGCCUCUAGCCUUCUGGGUCAGGCCGGAUUGACAGGAAUGGGCGCCUUCCCUGCCGCCAUGUCCAGCUUAUCCGGUAAUGAUCUGCUGGCCAUCACCUCAGCUCUCAACACACUGGCCAGCUACGGCUACAACACUAACACCCUCGGCCUGGGCCUCAACCCAGCAGCUGCUUCAGGGGUCCUUGCUGCAGUAGCAGCUAGUGCUAACCCGGCUGCUGCUGCUGCAGCUAACCUUCUGGCCUCCUAUGCUAGCGAUGCCUCCAGCAGUGCGGGCCACCCUGCUACAGGUCUCGGUGGGUUUUCCUUGGGGUCUCUAGCAGCUGCUACUGGGGCUUCCAACGGUUACCUAAAUGCUUCAUCCCCACUGAUGGCCUCCUCCCUAUUGGCAACAGAGAAGCUGGCAGAUGGUGCCAAGGACGUGGUUGAGAUUGCUGUGCCCGAGAAUCUGGUGGGUGCCAUUUUAGGGAAAGGAGGGAAAACGCUGGUAGAGUACCAGGAGCUAACAGGAGCCCGCAUCCAGAUCUCCAAAAAAGGAGAGUUCAUUCCUGGUACUCGGAACCGUAAAGUUACCAUAACAGGGUCGCCAGCCGCUACGCAAGCAGCACAGUAUCUGAUCAGCCAGCGGAUCACCUACGAGCAGGGCGUGCGCGCUACCAACCCACAAAAAGUGGGCUAAAAGGAAAAAGAAGAGGAAAGAAGGAAAGGAUGAAGACAGAUAGAAGGGAAUUGAGAGAGAGUCAUAAUGGAUAAGGAAGAAAAGAAACGUCCAAAUAUCUGUUCAAUAUUUCAGUAUCAAAUGAGAGAAUCACAAAGGAGGAGGUGGGGGAGACAACCAAGAUAAGUGUGUGUGAUAUGUGAAUGUGUUUUUAGGACUGACGUCCUGAUGUUUUUUAAAAGUUUGUGUCGAGUCCUUUUGAUGAUGGUGAUCAGAGUAAGCUGAACUGGUCCACUGCCAAGCUGCAGAUUCAAGGGUGAGGCCAAAGGGUUUCACCCUCCUCCAAAACCUCAUAGCUUUUAUUUUAUUUCUUGUGUUUGGUUUUGUUGGUUUUAAUUUCAUUGCAAACCUCGGCUCCCGGUGAGUUGAGUGUAUCAGAUGAAGUUCCAGCCAGCUAAUAGAGCUGUUUUACAAACCUUGCUUGUUGUAUACAAUGCAGAAGGCAUUGUGAACAGGGGUGUGGUUUUAUGACACGCACCUGAGGUCAUCUCAGUUUAUGGGGAAGCAAUCUGAGAAUAAUUUCUAAAAAAAACCAAAAAAACAUCUUUGUUGACAUAUGUUCAAUUCUGGCUCAUAUCAUAAUUGAAGUUUCUAAAUCUGGGUAUUUUAUAUUUUCAUCCUUUAUUUAUUGACAUGGUCUCAUUCAAACACAAAUAGAUUAUUUAAACCUGUGACUGCAGGUUGAUCUGAAUGUAAAAACAUUAUUAGACUAUUGCUAUUUUUUAUUUACAGGGAUCAAAUAUUGUGUUGCAGUGAAAGAAAUGUAUAACUCAAACCCAGUCUGAACUUCACUGUUGCUGUUUGCAAGUAUAGUUCAGGGGUUAAAUAAUCAAUGUGAGAGGAUAGAGGAGACACACAGGAAUGUAUAAAUAUAUUUUACACGAACACACAUAGACGAUGCUCCCACAAACGCACAAACACUGAAACAUAGUUGCAUAUUCAGUCACAAAACAUGCAGAAAUAUGUCGUUUAACCCAUUUUUGGUGCUAUAGAAUUAGGUUGAUAUCUCCUUUACCAUGGAAUCAAAAUCUCUCUGUGGCGACUAACCUUGCGACUUAUUUUAAAAAGAGCUGCUGUCUCGUCCAGCCAUUAGUAGCCCAUUGGACUGACGCAGCCUCUCACGUAAUGACAAAUGAUCGAUUUCAGGAUCAAAGAUGAAGAAAGCAAUCCAGUCUUAAUAAUUAAAUCCAUUCAAUGCAAAUCUUUUGUUCUACCUUAGACAUUUAUAACUCCCAAGAUUUAACUGAAAGCUCAGACUACCUUCAAGCAGUGUGUCUAACCAGUUCAGUUCGCAAAAGGAACAAAGCACUACAAAAGCAUUUUGAUAAGUAAAGCUGUAUGAACCAAUGUCUGUGAACAAAGAAACUAUUGCCUUUACAUUAAGGGUACCAAAUAGUCAAGAGACAUACACUAAUGAAAGGGAAGUAAAACGACACUUGAAAUAAAAAAAAAAAAGAGGCUUGGAUUCACUUUUUCUGUGAGCCGUCCUUGCCAAUUUGCAUUAAGACAAAAAAGGGAAAAAAGGAUGAUUCUGCAGUUCAUCCAGGCAGCCUUUUAUUGUUCCCAAAACAUGUUAACGCUCACUAACCUCAAGUGAAGCACAUAUUACAACAUAAAAUGUUUUGGCAUUGUUGUCUUUUAUGGGCAAUUGUUUGUCUGAGGCAGGCAGGCUAAUUGUCUUGAGUAUUUCCAAGCACUCGAAGAUUACCUUGGCUUCCUUCUGUGCUGCUAUCCAUAGUGUUCAUCCUGAGUACACUGGGUCUCUGAAGACUGCACUGUGAGACAUUAAGAACACAAUGUAAGGUGUGUCUAUCCCUGCUUGGGACAUAAGUAUAUUUUAAUGUGCACAUGUAUGUCACAUACACAAAAACUACCAAUACUGACAGAAGGGAUAUUGCCACAAGAGCAUUUAUACUCAAGCAUCUUGUGACGUUUCUGUUUACCAAUGCACUGCACUUAAAUUAGCAGACAUUUUUUCCCAACGACAAAUUAUUCCCAUUGCAUUUUCCUGCACAGUCCUGUUAUGUCCACACCCCCCACCACCCAGCUCUAAAGGCAUCUUUCAAUUGUUGUCCCCAUCAACCCAAGCUCUAUGAUCAGCUUCCUGAAUACACAGCUGUGAGGGUUGGUGCUGAGUUAUGUCCAAGAAAACCAGAACCACACCCAUGUUUUGGAAAAAUUUAAUGAAGAGCCUUUUCAUUUUCACAAAUCAUGUUUGAAAGUCAAAUGGCUAUGAAAGCGUUCGAAAUAACUCUUUGUGUCUGAACAUUGUGCGUGACAACUGCAACAGCUGUGAGCCUUCUUAAAUCUUUCCUUUCACUAUGUGUCUGGAGGGCUUCGCAGUCAUCCAUUAAUCCAAUCUGGCCACCAGUGAAUUCACAGCAUAGGCUAACCUUUUACUGCCCAAAAUUUUAGCAUGUAAUAAGAUACAAGCACAAAACAAGGAUAUGUUCUAUCAAUGCAACUGGACUGCUUGACUGCAGAGAGCUGUCCUUCGACGGCUCUCUGAUCGAUACAUCGUGCCAAACGCUAUUUCUCUCUGCCCCUCAUUAGCUUUCCUCUUUCUCUCAACAUUUUAUUCCCCUGCAUGCUGUCGUUUCUCACUGUUCUGAGAUUCCUCCUGUGUCCUACUCCCUGUCCGUGCUUCUUUCUACACUGUGCUCUCCCCCUCUUUCUCCUUCCUCCUGUCUUGUCUUCUCAUGGGUGGUGUGUUGGAUGUGCUGCUGGUGGGCAAGUUAUGCACUGUAGGUCAUGAGGGUAUGAAAAUAUUUCUGCAGGCCGCGAAGUUCACAAGGCUAACAUGCAUAGAAAACACCUGCCUCCAAAAACUGUGACACCCACCAAGACCAACCAGCAGCGUCAGCUCAAAGUAUCAGAUUUCCUCUCUAAGAAGAACAAGUAGACAGGUUUAGACAGUGAACCAUGGCCUUUCAAGGGAAGAGGAAGCGUUGUUUUUUCCCAAAAGAAAGCGAGUCAAGGUCGAAUAAAUAUUCAUACACUGGCUGAGCUCAAGUUACAGCCUCCGAAACAAAGCAUAGUACGGACAGAGCGCAUAGGUUAGCGAGAAUAAGGUGGGAACUCGUUUGUGACCUCAAGCCGAAACAAUGACAUCCUUUAUGCAUAUCCUCUUAUCUGAAAAUGACUAGAAUUCAUUUCUGUGGAAUACAAUAUGUCAUGUCAUAUGAUCUAUAUGUACUUUAUUGUAGCUAUUCUAGUUUGUAGUCCAAAUGCAGUCCAGCGUUGUCGAUACAAUGUGAAACUAUGUUAUAUUUGUGUGGAUGAUGAGAGUGCCAACUAAGCCUGAUUAAGAUUAGCUUCGCGAUUUGUUUGUGCAUUACGAUGACUCAUCAUCGACCGGUGGUGUCCAUAUUUCUGUCAUUGAUGAUUUAGUUUGACAGUAAGAAAAUGUAAAGAAUAUUGGAAGCAAUAUAGUAGCAUGUUGUCCUGUUUUGUGUUUUAUGUCUGUUGUAUGAACCUUUGAAAUUACUAAGAUUUUGAAUGAAUAGGUUUACAUGUACUUUUUGUAAGUUAUGAAAAUGCUGCUAUUUGAUAAGUAAACUAUACAAAAUAUUUUAGUUGAAAAGAUGUCUGGUCUGUUGAUUAGAAACAUGCUCUUAAAGGCUGGAGCAUAAAACGAGGUGUAUAGAAUACUAUACAGUAUUGGUAAGAUAGCAAAAGUAAUAAUAGACUCCAUAGUACAACCUGUGCCAAACUAGACCUCUGCAGCUUCUGAAAUUGUAGAUGUGCGAUCAAAUGUUAGAUAUCAAUAACUUGUUUAGAAGUGCUGAUCAAGUGCCAAUCAAACACUGUCUUUUAAGUUAAGAAAAGAUAAUCAAAUACAUGACUUAAGAAAACAAAGGACAAAGAACUUUUUGUGCGUUGUUUUAUCCCAUAGGUACAUAGAGUAAGAGUUAAAGAUUGUGAUUUUUAUGGAUCCAUGUUGUUUUACACUCCAUGCAUCCCUUGUGUGUUUGUUUGACCUGUGGCUUAAGUACUGCUGUUUUCUCACAAAUGUCUCUAUAGGCCAGCAUGGACUAAGCAUAACAUGUUAUAAGCAUUCAUAACAUAGCCAUUAACAAUCAAAAAUGUGUUUGUGGAGUUAGGUGUUAUCUUUUUGCACGUCUUCUAUUGCAUGGUAUCAAAGUAAAUUAUGGAGGAAAAAAAAACGUACAAAAGUUUGCGAGGUGUCUCGCAAACGUUCAAAGACAUAACGCUGCAUGCAGUCAAAUGUAAAGCACUUCAGUUUUACUCGCCUCAUGUUUAGAAAAAAAAAAAAGAAAGUUGUUUUUUUUAUUUUAUGUUGUGAGUUGGGAGGGAGCUCAUUAUUGUCAUGUUGGCCCGAAAAAACAAAACAAAAAAAACCACACACACGAAUACACAUCUGAGAUCAAAAUUCCUCGUCAGUCGUCUUUGAACGCAUCGUUAGAUUUUUAGGUACAGUGAGGAGUAUUACAAAUGUGAAACAAGCAAACGUGAAAAUGUUACUCAGUGCAUUGGCUCCUUGUGUUUAUAGGAUAUCAGGCAUUCAUUUCUUUUACAAACAGGUUGAACCUCACGUCCCAUAAUCUCUUUAUGUCACAGCUUGAAAGCCCAGAUCUAAUCUAUGAAUGUAACCAUUUCCUGUUUCUUUUAUUUUACGUUCUGUCAAAUGGUCUUUAAUGUAAAUUCAGGGCAGGAAUGUCAAAUACAUGUAGAGAAUAUCUAUGUCAAUAACAGAUUUCAGCUACAGUCAGGUAGGCCUAACAUGGCCAUAGUCAUGAAUCAGAUAUGUUUUAACACAACUUCCGAUUCGCUGUCAACAUUAUCUUGUUUGUUUGGUGUUGCAUAAAUGCACUUUACUGAUCAGUGGGUCAUACUGGGUGUGAAAUGAAGCAAACCAGUUUAGUCGAUUUGAUUUGGUUGCCAUUCUUUGCUGUUGCUAUGAUGUGACUUUAUUUAUUCCCUGAUCCUGUCGGGUCUCAUGAAUGAUGGAAAGGGCUGGAGUCUCAGACGAAAUCGAAAAGUAGCAUCUGUUUCCUCACGCGAAGGCUUCUCCUUCACAUUCCCUUCAGCAGAGGUCUGUGUCAAUCACUGUGUGCAUUGUUUUGCACUAGAAUGUGAAACCACAAAGGAUCUGUAUGCCUUUUUAUCCCUCUUUUGCUUUGAAAUUCCAAAUUUUGAAAGCGGUUUUAACGUAUCCAGCACACUGGCAUCGAAACACUGGACUGAAGGAUGCAAGCUCGAGGUCCGGCCGACACAAAGGCCGGGUCUGAGAGACUUAAUCGGCACCAGCAAACACGAAGAUUGCCUCUGCCACCUCAACAUAAUGAAAAUCAGAGGAAACGUUCGAACGGUUAAGGUCUAGUUACACGAGUGAUGUUUCUGUCUCAUUCUGUGUUGCAAAUCCCCUGUUGUUGCAUUGACUGCUUCCCAUCCGAGUGCUAUCCGAGCUGCGGUAUCAUUCCAAAAGCUGUGAUGUUUGUUUUUGAUUUUCAGUCCAAAUGUAUUCGGGACAUCCAUCCAGCCCCACGGAGCCCUUUCACAAAGAAGGCUAGGACUGGUUUUAAAUGUUACAAACUGGCUAAGGCUGGUCGCUCCUCUCUUUAAACCUCUUCUACCUGAGUCUCACACUCUCAGCCAACACAAUAUCUCAAUUUGUUUCAUUACACGGAGCACCUGCUACCGUGUCCACCCUUUAAAUGGUUUUUAGGUAUUUCUGAGCCCUUUCGUCUGAGGAAAAUACAGGAUUCUUUGCCAACCACACAUGAGGCCAUUAUUGUGUUUGACCCUCUGAACCUCCCAUGAACUUUGUUGACCUUUUCCAUCCUCGAGAACUCAUAUAUGUGUUGGAUAUUUUACGCCACUUUAACUGUCAAACUCUGCCAGACUGUUCUUUCAUUUUCCAGUUAUUUGGACUACUCUGCAGGGUUGACUGCUUGCUUAAGUGUAAAGCAUGCCGUACCUUGCAAACAUUUUCAUGCCAUUGUAAAUUUUCUUUCUGGGGUUCGGUUUUAAUGUUGUUUAACCUCUGUUCUUUACAUCUCAGAAGAAAAAAAAUGGACUGACAGCAUAAGAUCAAAUAUUCCAACCUAAGCAAAGUGAUGUUUUGUUGAUUGGGUUCUCUUUGAUAUUAGCGACGACGGUUCUGUCUUUCAUCUGUGACGAGCGCGGAGAAUCUGUGAAAGUCCACAGUGUUACCUACUUAAAGGGCUUUCUAGGACAGCAUUUAAAGUCCUCUGAAUAUAUUCAGAAAGGAAAAUGCCUUCUUGUGCCAUUUUAGAAAAAGUGCGAAAGCUUUUUAUGGCAAAUGUUUGUCAGCAAGAGUGCCAAAUAAUUCCAUACUGAGCCAAAAGGCAGCCAGCCUACAUUCUAAAUGUGAGAUCACUGGAAUGGUUCCGUCCCAUUUCCACUCCCCUUGAAAAACAUCACCCUAAUUGUACAAUGUUUGAGCUCAUGUACCAUUAUUGUUAUGCUGCCAGUCUGUUUUCUGCUUUUGUUAAAGGAACAUCUCAGAAGCAGUAUAUUUUCUAAAUGAUACACCGUUAAUAAAAAGAAAACAGCUACUAUGGUGAGGGAAUGAGAGGAUUUUAAAAGUGUCAUUGAUUUUAUUAUUUAGUUAAUUUGAACAUUAUUCAUUAAUAGAUUUAACGGUAAUGACUAUUUAAUGUAACUGUAGUACUGUGUUUGUAAAAGAAAAUUCAGUGAGUUGUGUUUUAUGACUCGUGGACUACCAGUGAAGUCAGCAUUUCAGUGUUAAUAAUUGAAUUGUUUUUUAAAGAUUAUUUUUGCGACGGCAACAAAGAGUCAUUAUAAAUGUUCAUUUUAACAUCA